AUGCUGCAACCAUCAUCCUCCGGCAUGGCUGGCAGUGACCAUACGCAUGGUAUUCAUGUGAGCCACCCUACGGUACUUGGUAUGAGCCCUUUGACUUCACUUCCCUCCACCACCACAACAUCCACAUUACCACUUUCGCACAGCAACGCGAACAGUAACCAAUGUUAUGAACAACUCCUGUUACCACCCAGUUCUACUCUCCGAUCUAAACUACAACCUUCUUCUUCUUCUCAUUCGACUCGUCAUCACACUCGUUCGACAAGAGAGGAUGAAACAAGAGUCGAGAAAUAUUCCUGUGGUUGUUCACGUUUUUACAGAAAUGUCCUGGUUGGAAACUGUCAUCACAUUCUCUCACCAUGUAUCACUAUCAUGAAUGUAAUUUUGAUACUUUUCAUAUUGCAAGGAUUGUUUGGAUUAUUUUCAUCUUUCAUCUUGUUAUAUACAAGUGGAGACAAUAUUAUUCAAAGAAGUUAUGCAAAAAAAAAAAUUCAAAUGAGUCUCGUUGUAGAUUACCAAAUUAGUGAAAUGAUUAAAACAACAACUCUUACCAUUAAUCAAUUAUUAAAGGAUUUGGAUGGAAUGAAUUUAAAUGAUGAAAUGAGAUGGAUAGUUCUAUUCAAACAUAUCCAAUCUUUCUUUGAACAGAAAUUACCAUUACAAAUUUCUUAUUUUGGAAGAUUUGAUCAUUACUUUUUAGGAGUAGAACGAACAUACAUUCGAAAAUUUGAAAAAACAAAUAACCCCUCUCUUGUGAGAGCCAUGUACGAAUAUAACAUGAUUGAUGACUUGUCUAAAAUUCUUGAUCCAUCUAAUAUUCGAUUUUCUCAAAACAGUACCUUCUCAGUGACAGCUCGUCCUUGGUAUCAUUUAUUUCUCAAUGCAACCAAUCCUAAAAUAUUAUGGAGUCCAUUGUUUUUCUCAUUCGUUGGUCAACCCUCCAUGACAGCAUCCAUUCCAAUAUACAUUUCACAGAAAAUUUCAUCCAUUCAUUCCAAUAAUUUGAAUCAAUCAUUGGAGAAUACUACUAUUGAAAACAACAAUUCAUACACAUGGAAUACCGUUGAUGGUUAUGAAAAUUAUACGGAAUUUAAAAUUUAUAGAAAUGAAUCAGCUCCAAGAAAUCCUUCUCAUUUAUAUGGAGUGAUUGGUCUUCAAUUGAAUUUGGAUAAACUUGCCAAUACAUUGGAUCAAUCUGCCAGAAAUGCAGGUGUUGCAAUAGCCUUUAUUAUUAAUUCGUAUGGUGAAAUUGUAGCCUCUACCAAUUUGAUCGUGUCAUCAUCAUCUUUGUCCAUUUCUACCAACAUUUCGAGUCUUAUGGCUCAUUCCUCAUCCGGAACACCUUCGAAUAGUUCUCAAAAUAUUGUGCAAGAUUUAAUGAAUGAGGUAAUAUCAAGAGGUUUUCUAAAGAAAAUAACAGAAUGGCAUUCUCUAAAUUUUGAAAGACAAGAUUUUAAUGAUACUGCAGCUAUUAAGGAUUGGGGAAGUUUUUUAUUCUACCAUGCAAAUACUCCAAAUUUGGAAGUGUUUCAAUACACCAUAACUGAUCAAUAUGGACUGAAUUGGGGAAGCGUGAUUGCAAUACCUCACAAAUCAUUUGUGGAUGAAGUCAUGUCAGGUAGUAUUAGCUCUGUUGUAAUUUUCUCUGUAGUUCUAUUUCUAGGAGUAUUUAUCUUAAUUACAGUCAUUCAAUGUAUCCAAAUGUCUCUUCGAUAUAUUAAGAAACAAUUAAGAGAAAUUGUUCAAUUUAAAUCUUCAACUAUAUUCCAUGAAAAGAAAUCCUUCAAUUUAUUGUAUGACAUUCGACAAAUGCAGCAAAGUCUCAACACAAUGAAAUCGUCUCUCACGAUUUUCUCAAAAUAUGUUCCCAAUAGUGUAACGAAACGUUUAUCAAGACAACAAAGAAUGACUUUACAAUCCAUGACUGUGAUGUGUAUUGAUCUUCAUGGAUUUUCUCUAUUACCAGAUCAUUGUGGGAAUUUGAUUACGAACAAUGAAACAAUGUUCGGUAUGGAUCGUGUGAAUUUUGUUUCGUUGGCAACAGAACUCUUUACAGAACUUUAUGGUAUUAUUGAAAAUAGUAAGGGUAUCGUCGACAAGUACACCAAGGAUCGAAUUAUUGCAUUUUGGAAUGACACUUCAUGCACGGUAGAGGAUCAUGAAAGAAAGGCUUGUAUGGCUUCGUGUGAAAUUAAAAUGGCAUUGGAUCGAUUGAAUGCUCAAUGGUUGAAACGACGCUUCCUGCAGAAUGAUGAUCAUACAUCUCUCAUUCGACCAUACAUUGGAGUGAAUAGUGGAAGUAUACUUUGUGGAAAUAUUGGGUCACAACAUCGAAUUUGUUUUACGGUCUUGGGAGAUGGAGUCAAUAUUACUUCAAGUUUACCUAGUCUCAAUCCUAAAUUUGGGACUAAAAUUCUGAUUGGUGAAAAUACCUAUGACCGUGUGAAGAGUCAUUUCAUAUGCUAUUUUGUGGAUUACAUGGUUUUGAAAGGAAAACAAAAACCCUUGAAAGUUUACAGUUUAGAAAUGAAAAUUGAGGAAGCCACAGAGGAGCAUUUGAAACUGAGAGAUUAUUUGAAUGAAAUUGAGGCGUGUCUCUUCUCAAUGAAAUUUGAUAGAAUAUUAGAAAUUUGUCAAGUCAUUAAUUCUUCUCAAUAUUCAACACAUACGACCAGCCAUCCUGCAACACUGGAAAUUACGAGCUGCAGAUUUGAUGUCUCAACAACACCGUGA